AUGCUCUCCUCUACUAGAUCCGCUGCUCCCCGCGCUCUCCGCUGCAGGUCAGCUCAACUUUCCAGGCAAACACGGCCACAGAUUCGUCUUCAAUCGACCUCGGCCUCGACCUCAUCCACGUCGCAAUCCCAUCUGGUCUCUGGUAUCGCUGGAGGCGUCGUCGGCGCCGUUCUCUUUUACGGCGUUUACAGCUUCACACCAGCCGGUCGCACCGCCAGCACAAUCAACAAGGCUGCUGUCGAGGCCAACAAGCAAUACAAGGCCGCCGCAGCCAAGCUCCAAAAGGCCACGCCGGAGCCCGAUGAGGCCAUCAGCUACAUCAAGGACCUGGCCUACUCAUACGUAGCGUGGAUUCCCGGCGGCCGCAGCUAUGUCGACGCCGCCUUCAAGGACGUCGAGGUCGUGCAAGAGAAGCACAAGGAGGAGCUCAACAAGAUCGUCAAUGACGGCUAUAAGCAAUUCCAGGACCUGUCCAAGUCCGGUCUGAGCAUUCAGACGGCCUCCAAGGCCUACGAGACGCUGGCCGAUAUUGCCAAGAAAAUUGCCGACCUCUCCGUCGACGCCCUCUCCGACAUUCUAGACAACCACCCGCAGGUCAAGGAGAAGCUAGGCGGCAACGUUGACAAACUCAAGUCGCUCGGUGAACAGUACGGCCCCGACGCCAAAAAGCAGGUCGACGAGACCUGGGGCCAGAUCAAGGAUAUCUUCGCGGGCGGCUUCAGCGCCGCCAACAUUGCCAAGGCCAAGGCUCUCAUCGACGAUAAGGUCGGCCAGGUGCAGAAGCUCGGCGACGAGGCGUGGAACAAGGGCCUCGAGGCAGCCAAGCCCUACCUCGACAAGAGCCCCAAGGUCAAGGAGCUGGUUGAGAAGAAUGCCGACGCGCUCAAGCAGGGCAAUCUCAAGGAGCUGUUUGACAAGGCCAAGGCGGCUGUCGAAUCGGGCGACCUCGGCGACCUGGAAAAGUACGUCAAGAGCGCCGCCGACAAGGCUCAGUCCAAGGGCAAAGAGGUGGCCGGUGAUUGGGGCCUCGACAAGUACUUUGAUGCGCUGCCCGAGGGAAGCGCCAUCCUGUCCAAGCUGCAGCAGAUUCGCAAGAUUGCCAGCGAUCACAAGCAGGAUGGCGAGAAGCUUCUGAACGAGACGGUAGACGAGCUGAAGCAGUUGCUGGAGAAGAAGGCGAACAAGGCGCAGGAAAUUGUCGACUCGGCUCAAAAGGAUGUAAGCAAGGAAGGUGACAAGAAGAAAUGA